AACUUACAACACCUCGACAUUAGAGAAUCGCUCACAUGAACAAUUUAGUUGGUACGUUUUAGUAAAUUGUGCCUGAUUAGCUGAAUUGUCAAAUUAUUCCGAUCGACAUGGCGCUGUCAGAAGACCAAAAGAACGAGUACAGAGAUACCUUCUCCCUGUUUGACAAGAAGGGAGAUGGCAAGAUUGAGACCAGCCAGCUAGGAGCUGUGAUCAGGGCAUUGGGACAGAACCCAACACAGGCAGAUAUCAAGAGAUUCGCACAAGGAUUCCCUAAAGAUCACCGAAUUAACUUUGAAGAGUUCCUGCCAAUCCUUGCCUCUACUCAGAAGAUCAAGGAGCAAGGGAAUGUUGAUGACUUUACAGAAGGACUGCGAGUGUUUGACAAGGAUGGUAACGGUACCAUCAGUGCAGCAGAGCUUCGACAUGUACUAACUAGUCUAGGAGAGAAGUUGUCGGAUGAAGAGGUGACAAAUCUUCUUCAAGGAAUGGAAGAUCAACAGGGACAUGUCAAUUAUGAGGAAUUUGUGAAGAUGGUUCUGGCCAACUAAACUACAGCAGAUGGAUUAGUUCAGUGACUUGUAAGCGACUCCCAAGAAAACUCCUACCUUGAAAUUUUUGUAUGCAUUCAAUCCUACUCAUUGUAAUAAGUCAUUCUGUAUUGAGGUAAGGUCCCCAGAGUUGUUAGCCCUCCAGCAAUAUUCACAAUUUCAGGCUUGCUAAAAUGAAUAUAAUGUAUUUGGCAAUUGGCACCAAAUUUACGUGUACACUUUUUUGAAUACGUUUCCUGGAGAAUUGUGAUAGACCACUUACAUCCCUGAGGUCUGAGACCUGAAUUUCUUUCGUCAGAUUGCCAAUGGUCCCAGGUAACUUAUUGCUGCGUAACAGCUAGUCCGAAAAUUUGUGUAUGAGAGUCCCAAAACUUAAGGUGUUGAAAACAUGCAAUUCAAGAAAAUUGACUGGCACCUGAAACAACCAGUCCAACACAGCUUCAGUACUGCAUCAAUCAACUGUGCCAAAAGAAAAAUGUGGCAGGAACCGGGAACUAGUCUCUAUUUACUACACAUUUCUCCGUAGUCAGUCACCAGACAGAUGACACUGACUAAAGAGGUCAUCUUUUCAAAUAGUUGGACCAAGUUUGGACAUGUAACAGUCUAGUCUUAAGCCUCAUUUUGAAAUCACUUGACUUUUCCCCCAUGUGCAAAAUAUUAAAGAAAUGUCUCCUUUAAAAAAUGAAUUGAGUCUGCAAACUUGGUUAGUGAAAUACUGAGGACCUUUUCUUUGCCCAAUGGAAGUUUUGGAGAAAUCUGCUGGCUAAAGAGUGAGUAAAGUUGGCCUGAUUUAGUUUUGCACAUUUCAGAGCACUCCAGGUCCCAGUCUGCAUAAGAGUAGGGUCUCAUGUAUUAUCCGUCUUCCUGAAAAAGAAAGGUGUAUUGUAACUGAGUUGUGUUUGUUUCUUUGUUUGUUUGUUUGUUUUUUUAAUUAUGUAGCCCCUGGAAUGGGUUUCUGUAAUAAUUUAACUGCUUACUCUAAAUGCAUGCUCUUAGAAAAAGUUCCUCUGGUAAAUCGUAAAAAAAAAAAAUCUUUGCGAGCAAAUGGUGGGCAUAUGGGGUGCAUCCUGUAAUCUAUGCAAAAAUAUUCUAUCUCGUCAAUGCAAAAAAUAUUGUGCAUUGGUCAUGCUUAAAAUGAUGGAAUUUAUAACAUGAACUAAAUUGUACACUUCCAAGAAGCAUUAUUGAGGAAUACUGACAAAAAAUUAUAAUAUCAGUUUGAUAUUUACAGAAAUUUUAUUAACCUUACACAUGUAUAAAAGAGAUGUGAUCAAAUAUGGAGAAAAAAAACAAUGGAUGUUCAUGACAGAGUUUACCACCUUGCAGUAUGUUUGGAUUAUAUUUCACAAGAUUAGUUGCAAAUUACUCAUGCAAACUCACAGAUAAUACAUGCAAAACGUAAUGGGAAACGCAGCUUUAGCAUUAAACUAAACAAAAACCCAAAAACUAUAUGAAAAGAGAUUUGCAAUUUACUUCUGGUAUUAAAUCAGACCUUUUGUUGAAAUCUGCUAAUUCACCCUAAUGUUUAAACUUUUUAUAAAUUCUUUUGAGCCAUGCUUUAUAAUAAUGCAAAUUAGUGAAUUAUAACUUUGAUAUUUAAUUUACAGAUACUAACAUUUUUAGCGUUUACUUGAAAUGCAUAGUUUUGUAAGUGUCAUAUACAAUAUAAUCAAUGCUAUCUCAUGUACAUGUAGAGUAUUUGGUCGUGAGUAGAUAUUUAUUAACAUUUUUUGGUUCAACAAUUUUCUUUGGUUCUUUCACAAUUUUAAAUAAUUCUAAAAAAAACUGUAUAUCAUUAAGUUAUUCAUCUUUUUGGUAAAACCAUAUAUGCAAAUGGUGUGGAAUUUGUAAUGUUUCUUUCAAAAGAAUUAUACACUUGCAAUUACAAGUUGGCAGUGUAGCCAAACGUACUCACCAGACAUGUUCUUGCUUUCAUUCAUGACGCCGGCUUACUGAUCUGAUGAGUAGUGAUGUAAACUGAAGACAUGAGCAUUGCGAUUCCCAUGUGCAUCAUAUUUCAUCGUAAUACACAUUCCUAGUUUUGCUUUUUUGCGAUAAUAGAAUAAAGUCUUGUAGAAAAACUGUACAUUA